UUCAUCACAUCCCUUCUUUUCAGCUCUCUGUGUCUCCCGUUCUCUGAGACUCAGAAAAAAGCCAUACUCAAUUGGGUGAGAGAUCUUGGCACUCGAAAUGUCCCCUCACUGGGUUCGAUGAAGAAGUGCCACACAUACCUGGAUAAUCUUGUCGGCAAUCUGACUCAGCAAGCCACAUCUCGCUCUGGUGAUGUAUUUUAUAUCAACAACAUCGCAGAAGCAAUCGCAAAGGACUAUGCAAAUCCACUGACUCGGUUCACAAUGAAAGACUACCCUGAGGAUGGUGGUGAGGGGAUGUCGCAAGUCUUCAACAGGAAGAAGAUGUUGUUUGAUCUUCUGUCACUGCCGGCGGUUCGAGUGGAUGGAACAAUUUAUUUUACAGAUGAACUACUACAGGAUGACUCUGGAGACUACUUCAUUCCAGAGCGCUUUUUUUACGCCUCACCUCCUGCAGACUCAGAUUCCGAUGACACUGAACCCCGUGAGCAUGUGGACAUGAAGCCCUUAUAUGCACUUGGUCGGGCAGUCAAACGAACGGAGGCCGGAUUCAUUGUUCAUGAUGAACAAGAGAUCAUUCCUACGUCUGUGUUUAUGCGGUCAUUUGAAGACAUAGCUGCAACACAGGGCGAACUCAAUUGUGGGCUUACA